AUGAAUAAGAAUAAUUAUAUAAAAUUUUAGGAAAAAUACUAGGUUCUUAAUAAAUUAAAUAAUGAAAGUUAAUGCUAUUGUUAACCAAUUAAAAAAUAUAAAAACUAAAAAUAAAUCAUUAAAUGGAGUAAGUUAUAUAGAAAAACAUUUAAGCUUAUUCGCGAGAUGAUUGCAGAUUUAGACAAACCAGAAGUGAGCAAGGAAAUACUUGAAAAUCACACUAUAAAACUCAUCAACAAUACUAAGGAACAAGAUUUGAAGGUCAUUCUUUAAUUGUUGAUCUAAAUACAGCAUUUAAAUAAGUUAAAUAACUUAGAUGAGCAUAUUAUAAUAUUGAUAGAAAGAAACUAAAAACAGCAUAGCUAUCAUGCGUAAAUCAUUUAGUUAUUGCAUACACUUAAGGAAAACGUUUCUAUAUAAAAUUUACCAUACACAUAUAGGUUCCUAAGAAUAUGUUAUAGAAUAAAGUAAUUAUCAAAUAAUAAAAUAAUUAUUGUGAACACAUAAGUGUUGAAUGAUGAAGUGCUUACUCAGAUUGGGUAAUCAUGCAAAGGUUAUUUGAUGAAUAAGUAAGAGUCAGAAAAAAAUAUAUUGGCCAUAUUAAAUUUUUUUAUGAGAAUAGCAGAUGGUUCUUUAGACACUGAUUUCGAUGAUGCUUACGCUCUUAAGGCAUUGAGUUUGAUUUUAGAGGAGUUCUAAAAGCUGAAGAUAUUGUUGGACAUCAAAAUAGCAGAAGUAAUUAAUUCUAACUUAAGUGCUUUGCUAAAGAGUAAUCUCAAUAAAACAACAUAAUCAAUACAGAAAUUGUAAAGUAUUUUCAAGUUGAUAGAGAUCCUAUUGUUGGGGAACAGCUGUUACUUUUUUGAUUUUCUCGAUACACUCAAGAAACACUUAUUUAGCGAGUGUCAUUCUAUAUAAAAAUAGCUUUCUUACUAGACAAUAGUGAAUUGCACAGAUGCUUUCAUUGAAUAUCUGGGGAAUGAUAAGUAUAAAAAUGAGUUUGUAGCAUUCUACACUGAAAUAACAAAGCAGACAUAGAUAGAGAACAUCAAUAUCCCCCACAAAUUGAAGCAGAUACAUGAAGUGGUUGGACAUUUCAUUUAAUUAGAGAAUAUUUAUUAGGAAUACUCUGAUAAUAAAUAGAUUCUGAAGUUUAUUGCAGAAUUCAAUUUAAGAUUAUCAUAAUAGAUGCAGAAACCUCAGUUGUUAUUAUAAAAAUAAAUUAAAAAGUGUAUGAAGAAUCUACUAAGUAAGAUAGAGUUUGAAUAAAUUAACCAAACUUAUUACAAUUACAUAUAAGUUAUGGAUACUGAUGUGAGGAACUCAAUGAUAAUUCAUUUGAUUGAACAGAAUCAGAUUGCUUUUGUGACGUAGCUCUUAUAUCAAAUGAAUGAUAUAUCCACGAGCACUUGGCAAAAGUAUAUUCAAUACUAUUUGAAGAUAAAGGAGUCUAAUGAAUAAACAGAAUAGCUUAUGAAACAGUUGUUAUUGAAUGAGAAAUUGUUGCAAAUUGAGGUUCUUCUCUUUAGUCUGUUCUCCUGCAAAUGCUAUUAACUUAUCAUCUAAUUAUGUAAUAUUCAUUAUAAUGCAUUGUAAUUUGAUUUGGUAUUGUAGUUCCUGUAUCAAGAACUUAUGAAUGAUAUUGAGUAGCAACACACUGUUGAAUUAAUAUGUUCGUUAAUCAUUUUGAUAUAGGAAAGAUCAAAUCACUUCUAAUUCGAUUAUAUGUUGAAGAUGAUACAACUGAAGAAUCACAAUGAAUUGCUGCUGCAUUAUCUCUAAACAAUAUCAAACAAGGUGGGAAUGGAUCAAUUGUUAAGUCUAUUAACUUAAUGUCUACCUUCUCAAUUAAUCUCAACAAUCCUGUACGAUUGUGUUUAGACAAAGGAGAUUGAUGAAUCAGAUUUGGACUUAAUCCUAUACAUUCUAUAGAAAUAGGAUGUUAUUGAUGAUCACUUUAUAGCUCAUUUAAUGGACAUGAUCGCAAACAAAGAGGAAUAUGCUGUUACUCUCUUCAAUAUCAUAUCAUAAAAGAAGGUUCCAGUGAAAUUAAUAUUUUAUAUUGGACAAUAAAUUUAGAAUUAGAAGUAUUACAAUAAAGACACAAACCAACAAUUGCUAUUCAACCAUUAGGUGGACAUAAACUAUUUGUAUGAGUUAUGCCAAUUCACAUACGGUGCUGGACAAAUAGAUGCCAAUUUCAUAGAGAGUUAAUUGCCGUACUUUGAAAAGUUGAUAGAAACUCAACAGAAUGAAUUACUGGAGGAGGUUACCAGGGUAAUUAAGUUCUAUCUCCAGAACUUCCCAACUUAAUAAUGCUUGAUUAAGUUGAUUUCAAAAUACGAGUAUCUAUACAAUCAUGGGAAUUCAAAUCUCACCUAGACAUUGAUUCAAAUAGUACCUGAUUUGAAGAUAAUUUUGAGUCUUUUGGAGAAGGAUGACUAAUAAUUUUAAUAAUUCGAAAACAAAUUGGAUAAUCUACACGAGUAUGCUGAAUUUGCAGAAUAUAUGGAGAAGCAUUAAAUAGCUUUGAAUUCUAAUACUGAAAGUAUUGAACAAAGACCUAAGAUUUAACUCUCUGAAUUAGAGUAACAAUGA